ACGUGCAGAUUUCACGCAUCAGGUCUAGCACGGUUCACAUGAGCCCCCACCACCGUAUUUUCGAAUCUAAAGUGGAAAACUAACUAACCAUGACAGAAUCCAGUGUUUCGCAUAGUUCUGUGUUACUAUACAUCUUCUACGUGGCGCAAUCGAAUUAGUUGUAACUUGAAGGAAAACUACCAUAACUAGAUCCAGUGCUUCACCGCGUUCUAUGUCUACAUACGUGGCACGAUCUUGUUAGUCGUACGCUUUUCGUAGCCGCAAAUCUAGCGAUAGUAAGUAUUUCUCCAGAUCUCGCCUUAUUCGUUCGCCUAUCGAGAUCUUUGAGAGAAACAUCGUUGAAACUAGAGAUUUUGAAAAUGAAGCUCGGAAUCAUCAUUGCGGCUCUUCUAAUGCUGCUGGUUCUCGUCUCCGGCGAGAUUUCGACUAAAUCCUCACCUGCUCCAGCACCGGAUCUACCCGCCGACGCUGUAGAUUCACCUCCGAUUCACGCACCUACUCCGGAACUUGGAUCUCCUCCGUCUGUUAACUCGCCUUCACCGGCGGAAUCUCCGAUUAACUACUCUUCUCCACCGGAACCUGAACACUCUCCGUCAGCCUCUCCGCCGAUGCCCGAUGAUCAUUCAGCUCCCUCCCCUCCGUCUCCGUCUCCCGAAGCUAGCGAUGUAAACCACAGCGACAUUACUGGAGUCGAAGAGAAGAAAUCAUCCGGAGGCGGCGGAAUGAGCGGCGGGACGAAGGCUGGGGUGGCGUUUGGGACGAUAGCGGCGGUGUGUGUAGUUGGAUUAGCAGGAUUUGUGUACAAGAAACGGCAGGAUAACAUCCGCAGAUCUCGCUACGGUUACGCUGCUAGAGAUAUUCUUUAAACUCUGAGGGAAAGAUCCAGCAGCCAGGCUUGGCUUGAUUUUAUUAUCUUUCUUAUCACUUUCGAAUUCAAAUCAUUUAUUGAUAUACUAUCUUUGAACAACUACGUAUAAUCCAUCCUUUCAAGUUGAUUAGUUAAUUGAAUUCAUUAGUGAUAUAGCUUCUACAUUUAUGUUACAGAUGUCUACGGUAUUAAAUAGCAAAGUUUUUAAAGUGUUUUAUUA